UAAUGAUCAAGAUGGCUACUACUGAAUCCUCCUUGCGGUAGCUGCUCGACACUUUCAUGGAAGCGCUCAAAACUGCCCAUUUAAACUCUUUAAGUCCCUCGCUGGUGACGGGGUCGCCUCGGGGACAGUCCCUUAUGGAUUAACACGGCGGCGAGGACGUAAAAGUCACUGUGUUGCCUAUUUUGAAGCUAGCUAGCGGAGCUAGUCGCUAGCUGUGUGGUCGGCUAUCUCCAGGCUUCGGACUCCGCACACGGCCGGUGGACGGAGGAGCAUCAAAUGGCAGAGCCGAGGAAAGUGCCGUUCGUCACCAUCUCUUCGUUCAACACCGCGCCGCCGACUUCGGAGUCCAGCAAGAAGCGCCGCCGUGAAGACGAGGCCGCCGACAUCACUUUUGGGAAAGAUGGAGGUGGAAGUGCGGUCGGGUCAGGCGGAGGUUGCGGGGGUCUGUUUGGGAACUCUAAAGGUGGUGACGGCGAAGGCGUGGAGGCGAAGCCCACGGUCCGGCUCAGCCUGUCCCUCAGCGAGCCCAGUGACCGAGGGUCUUCUGAGUUCAACUACACCGAGCUGGUGCAUCCGCCGGCUUCUCAGGUAACACCAGCCGCCUCAUCAGUCCCCAAGGGACUCGCACCCCCUCUGGACCCGAACGACCCCUUUGCAGAUGAUGAGAAAGAGAGACGCGAGGUGGAGGAAAUGGCCAGAAAGUUUGAAAGCAAAUAUGGCGGAGCUGUAAAGAAAAAGAAGAAAGACAGGAUGCAGGACCUCAUCGAUAUUGGCUACGGCUACGACGAGACUGACCCUUUCAUUGACAACUCAGAGGCUUACGACGAGCUAGUUCCUGCAUCUCUCACCACGAAACAUGGGGGUUUCUACAUCAACACUGGGACUCUGCAGUUCCGAGCGGCGUCCGACUCUGAAGGAGAAGGAGCCAGUGGAGAGAAUAAUCACUUCAAGAAGAUGAAAGACGGCGAGGAGCGGGCGAUAAAAAAGCGAAGGAAAAAGCAAGAUGGUGGUGUUUUGGAAGAGAAGAAACCUAGGAAGAACAAAGUACCAAAGCCAGGAGUUUCGGCCCUGAACAGGCCGGAGAAGAAGAAGAGGAAGAAGCUGAUGAAGGACUCGCUCCACUUGGCCAACAUGCUGCGUCGCUUCACCAGGGAGAAGGAAGAGAUGCGCAAGAGAAACAUGGCGCCUGCUGGGCCGCCACGUCCCAACACCAAAGUGCCCGGUGCCAACAGUGCACUCCUCAACACUCAGUCCAAGGCCGGCGGAGCCAACGACUGCAGCAUCACGGACUUGACCUCUGACCCCGCCGUCAUGUCGCUGCUCGGGUCAGCGAACAACGACAUCCUGCAGGACAUGAUGGGCGAUUUGGACUUUGGAAUGCUGGACUCCCCUCAGCCGGCCAGCCCGGGUCACGGGGAGAACGGAUCAUUCGGGCAUAAAUCGGGUCGUGCGUCGCAGGGUGGCGUCAUUACUCCUCCCCCGCUGCCAAGUGGACUUCCUGGACCACUCCUGAAGAGGAUAGAGGACUUGAGAGCGGCUUCCCGACUGUUCGACGAAGAGGGACGGAAGAAAUUCUUCACCUUGGACAUGAACAACAUCCUGCUGGAUAUCGAGCUGCAAGUGCAGGAGCAGCCGGCGGCGGUGCGGGCGGCGGUCUACUCUCACCUGGAGGCUUUUGUUCCCUGCAACAAAGAGGCUUUGCUGAAGAGACUCAAGAAACUCAGCCUGAAUAUUCAGGACGACCGGCUCCGCACGCCGCUGCUGAAGCUGAAGCUGGCUGUGUGCAGUGUGAUGCCCGAGCAAGUAGCGCGAUACAACAUGGACUGUCUCGCUAAAGUAGCUAAGCAGCAGUCCGAGGAGGGAGAGAAGAAUGGAUCAGAGGAGGACGACGAGGAGAAGCCAGGGAAGAGAGUGAUGGGGCCUCGAAAGAAGUUUGUGUGGGAUGAUAAAAUCAGGUCUCUGUUGUGUAACCUGGUGCGGGUCAAGCUGAGCUGCUACGAGCUGGAGGGCAAGAACUCCAUGUCUGUUGAAGACUACCUGAAGGCUUUCAUGGAGGCGGAAGUGAAGACUCUGUGGCCGAAGGGUUGGAUGCAGGCGCGGAUUCUGUUCAAGGAGAGCACCAUGGCUCACGGUCACCUCACGGGCUACAUGGCCAAGAAGAAGAUUGUGGCCACACCCAAGACCAAGCCCAAGGAGACCAUGUGGGUUCAACGGACCCCCGCCUCCACUGGAGCAGCCCCUCCCUGCGUGACUCCGGUUGCCAAGCGACUGCCACCGCCACCGUCUGAGCCCAUCUGUGUGGACUCUCUGGACGACGACCUGACGGCUCCCUCGCUGGACUCCAUCUCUCAGGCCCUGGCCAUCCUUGGCAACGCCGCCAAGGGUCUGGCUCAGGGUGACAGCCCCCCGUCCCCGGACCGACCCAAGGCCAUCUCCAGCACCCCCUCCCAUCUUCCCUCGCCUCUCAUUCAACAGCAACAAAAAAAGAACUCUGUCAGCUCGCCGGCUUCCGCUGCAGCUCACUACAUCUCUACCUCUUCGUCGCCCUCCACCCCUCUGUCCAGACCCCUCUCCAUCACCUCCACCCCCCAGACCUCUGUCAGGGUGGAUGCCAUGGGGGUCGUCAAAGGCACAGCGCAGGUCCACAGACAUUCAGUGUUGAACACUCAGAGACCUGUCGGGGUGGUCAAAGUCAACGCCCCCCCUCCGUCACCGUUGUCCACUAAGCCCCGCCCACCUCCCACUGCCUCCCCUCUCAUGGCCCCUGGGUCAAAGAUGGGGGUCUCCACAUCCCACUCUGGCCUCAUCAAACUCAACAGCAAGAGCAGCGGUGGCGACACGCUGAUCAUCGCGUCCCCGCAGUCGCGGCCGCACACCCUCCCCUCCUCCUCCCCCCACAUGACCCCCAAAGCCUUCCAGGCCUCACGUCAGCCUCUGCCGCUGCAGACCAAAUCCUCGGCGCCACCCUCCUCGCCCCUGUCUGGAGUCCAGCAGUCCAACUUCAUCACGCCAAUGCAUGCCACUCUCACCAAGUCCACCCACAGCAACGUCCCUCCCAUCAUCAAGCUCACCCCCCGCGCCCCCAGCUCUGUCAUCACCACCUCCGCUCCAACCAUGGCGGUUUCUCAAAGCCCGCGCUCUCAGGCUACUCCCCCCCUGCACCAGUACUCUGCCAAGAGUCCAGGCGCGUUCAGGCCACCGUUCUCAGGUGCGACAGCAGGAACAGCCAAGCCAGGUCCUGGCAGCUACAACUCCCCGGGCAGCCAGAAGACCCCCAGCAACAGCAGUGCCACAAACACCAGCCUUUUAAACGCCUCACCCAUCAGCAAGCAUUCAGGACCCAGUGCCUCGCCCAUCACCUCGCCCACCAACCCGAGCCAACGGCAGAGACUGGCGGGGGCCGGGACGCCUCAGGGGGCCAAGCCGGUGGUGUCGGUUUCCUCUCAGUUACCGCAGGCUUCCAGCUCGGGCAGCAGCGGGCUCCUCAGCUCCUCCCCCUCGCUCCCCAUGGGUUUCGGGAUGCUGGGAGGCCUGGUCCCAGUAUCGCUUCCGUUCCAGUUCCCCCCCCUGCUGAACCUCCCUCCUCUGGGAACAGCCGGGUCCGGUCCAGCAGCCGGUGGCUCCACAGCCAGUAGCAACACGUCGUUCUCCACCCUGACACAGAAUCUGUAUAAGAGUCUCCAGUCAGGGUCUCAAGUUGCUCUGCCUCCUCACUUGCAGCUCGCUUUCUCAGAUGUCGGUCAAAGCCAAGGAGGAGAUGCCAAGAGAAAGACGUUAUGAUGACUCAAGAUCAACACCCCUCCCCAAGCCCCCCACCCCUCGACUCAUCAACAUUUUGACAAGAUAUUAGAACUUUCGCUCAUGACUCAGAUGAUCAUCCAGCUGUUCUUCUGAGACGACAAAUUCAGCUCCUCGAUGUUUACAGGAAACGACCCGAAUCACUGUGGACGGGGGAGACGAGUGUGUGUGUGUUUGUGUGUGUGUGCGGGCGAGAGUGACUGGAGGAGUGUGUAUAUGAUUUUUAUCUGUUGAAUUAAAUGACUGUGGGCUUCAGCCCCUCCCCAUCUGAUGCAUGGUCAGCAAGUCUGGUGCUGUUUUUAUCUCAAUGUAAUUAUAUCUGAUACUUGUAAGAAAUGUAAACAGCGAAUAGUUAAAUUUGAGGAUUUUCCUGGCAACUUUUUCACUGUACUUGAAUGAAACUCUGUAUAGAACCCAGUUUUAAUUAAAAGCUUUGAA